GGAGAGGGGAAAAUGUCUCUCCCCAUAGGCAGGAAGCGAAACCCUGGCCUUAAAAUUCCAAAAGAAGCAUUUGAACAACCUCAGCCCAGUUCCACGCCACCUCGAGACUUGGACUCUAAAGCUUGCAUUUCUAUUGGAAAUCAGAACUUUGAGGUGAAAGCAGAUGACCUGGAGCCCAUAAUGGAGCUGGGGCGGGGUGCGUACGGGGUGGUGGAGAAGAUGCGACACGUGCCCAGCGGGCAGAUCAUGGCGGUGAAGCGGAUCCGGGCCACAGUAAACAGCCAAGAGCAGAAGAGGCUACUGAUGGAUCUGGAUAUUUCCAUGAGGACAGUGGACUGUCCUUUUACGGUCACCUUUUAUGGCGCACUCUUCCGGGAGGGUGAUGUUUGGAUCUGCAUGGAGCUCAUGGAUACGUCGCUAGAUAAAUUCUACAAACAAGUGAUUGAUAAAGGCCAAACAAUUCCAGAGGACAUCUUAGGGAAAAUAGCAGUUUCUAUUGUAAAAGCGUUAGAACACUUACACAGUAAGCUGUCUGUCAUUCAUCGAGACGUCAAACCUUCCAAUGUGCUGAUCAACGCUCUUGGCCAAGUAAAGAUGUGCGAUUUUGGAAUCAGUGGCUACCUUGUAGACUCUGUCGCCAAAACUAUUGACGCAGGAUGUAAACCGUACAUGGCCCCUGAAAGGAUAAACCCAGAGCUCAAUCAGAAGGGAUACAGUGUAAAGUCUGAUAUUUGGAGUCUGGGCAUCACAAUGAUCGAGUUGGCUAUCCUUCGGUUUCCCUACGACUCUUGGGGAACUCCCUUCCAGCAGCUCAAACAGGUGGUAGAGGAGCCCUCGCCACAGCUCCCGGCGGACAGAUUCUCGGAAGAGUUUGUUGACUUUACCUCACAGUGCUUGAAGAAGAAUUCCAAAGAACGGCCAACAUAUCCAGAACUUAUGCAACAUCCGUUUUUCACCCUACACGAAUCCAAAGCAACAGACGUGGCAUCUUUUGUAAAACUGAUUCUUGGAGACUAAAGUACCACGGACUCGCUCGGUCGGCCCUCCUGUGGUUUGGUGGGUUUACGGGACGAAGCAAGGUUCACUAAAACACCAAUAGAAACUCAUCUUUGAGAUAAUUUAAUCCUGCCUCUCAGAAGGUUUUUUUUUUUUUUUUUUUUCUCCCCCUUUUCUUUCUUUUUAUUUCCCCCCUCCCAAGGGGGCUUGGAAUUUCUAGCAUAGAAUGGAUUGUCUAGAUGGAUGAAAUACGGCCAAGGCUUAGGACUUCAAAAGGUGAUUAAAUAUUUAAUGAGGUGUCAUAUGAGUCCUUAAGCUUCUCCGGCUUCUCUUGUUCUUCACGAAACGAAUGCAUUGGCCCUGGUCACAAGGUGCUACCCCAGUGAUGAGAAUGUACGUAGAUCUGUAGUUUGUCCUCUUGGUUAUUGUAAUCUUUAUGUUUCAACGCUUGGUUGCAAAGAUUCCGUUUUAUGCAAGGAGGGGAUGCAAAAGGCCAGGUUGGGCUGGCGGUGUUUGUAGGGCUUUUAUUUUGUAAGCUCAGUCGUGUCUGUGGUCCAGGAGAAAUUAUUUAAUAGGCGUCUUUAAGAGUCUUCUAACAAUAUCAACAAGGAGUUCUUGUAACCUACCUGUUUCAGCUGUUGUGGCUGCUUGCCUUGGAUUUCUGCUCAACUCUGGGCCAUAACCACAGUCUUUCAGGUGAAGUGGCGAGGGAGCCCGGUCAUACCCUUUUCCUAACUUUGGAGAACAUAAACUCACGUUGAUCACAUCUCAGAGUCGCAGAUUGGGUUCUCUUGGCAUUUGUGGUGUGGAUGGAAUAGGAUUCGUGAUGUGGUUUUCUAUCACCUCUCUCUCCGUGUGUGUGUGUGUGUGUGUGUGUGUGUAUCUGAUAGGUCUUAAGCUCUGCCAAGUGGCUUCUGUGAACAUCUCUAUUUCGUAAGAAGGACGUGUGUCAAUUCUGCGAGGAGCUGUCGUGUCAAACCACACACAGAGAAUCGGUGCCUUCUUCUGCUUCUGCCCCUCCUUACCAUGUAUAUGCCCCAGGGAUUGACUCAGUAGCCAUCCUUCCCAAACCCUUUUUCUUCUUUGUUUUUUCCCCUUGUUCGAUCAAGAAGCCUUACUACUAAUGGGAGGGCUACAGUAGAAGACGGUGGAAGUUCUUUGAGAAGGUGAGGAGUUAAAGGGGAGGGUUGAAUUCGUUCCUUGAAUGGGCUGCCAGAUUUCCACAGCUUGAGGUAAGGCCACAUUCCUCUCCAGCAGCACACAGUAGGUCAUUCUGCGGGAGGAGCUUUUUUGGCUUGGGCCCUUGUGGGUCCCCGGCAGGUGGACAAUGCAAUGAAAGCCCCUUCUUGUGGCUACAUAGGUCCCUGGGUUCUCUAGGUUCCUUGAGGAAAGGGGAGUGAGGUGAUUCAGGGAGAUACAGGGAUUAUAACAGGGGAAAUAAAAAAAUACAAGAAAAAAAAAUGGAGGUCACUCCAUGACAGUUUUUGGUGAAAUACAUAAAGGAAAACAACUUUCUGCUCUGAGUCAGGUAACUCUCACUGGCUGUUCAGUGUGGUUUCUGUUUAGAAAUAGUCUUAACCAAGUGUGUUUGCCUGGGUGCAUCUCUCCAGUGUGCCGACCCAGGGCUUCAGCUUGCAAAACAAUUACCCAGAGGCGGCGGCGGAGUUUAUCCGUGGUUCUCAGCCUCGCGCACACUCGUAUCACUGGGAGCUGGUGGACAUGUGCAAUGCCAAGGUUGGGGUUUCGAUGGUCCAGGGUGGGGCCUGAGAAUUGGUCUUUUUCACACUUUCUUUGUGAUUCUGAUGCACAGCACGGUUGAGGACACUGGUUUAGUACCUCCAAAAGAGAGAACUCACCUACAGUUUCUCUAGAACAUUGGCAGAGAGGAACAAGAGCCUCGGCUUCUUUCUGUGUCCUCAUCAAUAGGGACAUCUUCGCCACUGUCAGAGAUAGCACAUGCCUGGAAUACUGAUUUGAAACUUGGGAUACAUUUUCCCCGUAGAAAUGAUGGGCUCCGCGGUGAUUAGCUGUCUUCUGUGCUAAAGUAGAAUGACUUGAUCGUCUUAGGAGUCUAAAUUCUAGAGUGUGUGUGUGGUUUUUUUUUUUUUUUUUGAGAACUGUUACAAGUUCUAAACUAAUUUUAGAGUAAAGGUGGAGAUGCACCAACCAUAUUUAAGUUGAUGUACGUUGGAAGUCUCUUGUACGUACACGCAGGUCCCUGGAUCCUCUACCCGGACUCUGCUUGUUGUGUGUCCUUAUUAUUGUUUUUGUCUUUGCUUGCCUCUGGUUGGCUAGCUUUUUUUUUUUUUUUUUUU